AACUGUAACAGACCGGACUAUCUGCUGUCUGCAUUCGUCCUCGGCGAUAUCGCCUUGUCCUCCUCUCCCCCCUUCCGUCUGCUUUACCUUCCUCCUGGCUUUCGUUCGCCCUUCCCCGCUGGGAACACGGCUACUUAACCGCGGCAAAUAAACGGCCGGGGGUCUUUCGUCUUGGCAAGGCCCAGCCAAAUGUUGAUCGUCGUUUCGUCUGUCAGUCAAACGUUACAUGGUGUCAGAAGUGGGAUUUGACGUACUAGAUGGACGUCGUAAAGCCCCCGGAACCGCUGCACCUGUCCGGCAACAUCAGGAAAAACUGGCUGGUGUUCAAGCAGAAGCUGCAGCUGUUCAUCACCGCUACGGAACCGGAGAAGCCCCGCCCAUCGGCCGUAAAAUCAGCGAUUCUCCUGAGCACCGCGGGGGACGAGGCGCUCGAUGUCUACAACAACUUCUCGUUUGCCGCAGGUGAGAACCGAGAAGAUUAUGACACGUUAGUGCGGAAGUUUGAAGAAUACUGUGUCGACCAGGGUAAUGAAGUCUACGAAAGGCACAUUUUUCGACUGCGAACACAGGAAGAUUCCGAGCCUUUUGAGCGGUUCCUACGGGACUUAAAAAAGCAGGCAAAGCUGUGCAACUUCGGUUCACUUGAAGAAUCUAUGAUCAGGGAUCAAGUGGUUUUUGGCACAAAUAAUGCAAAACUUCGAGAAAAGUUGCUAAGUGACAAAGACUUAAACUUGCAGAAAGCAGAAGAAAUUUGCAAAGCCGCUGAGCUUUCUGCCCUUCAGAGCGCAGCAUGGUCAAAGGAAAGCCUGCACGUUGACUUCACAAAUCGCACAAACCGCACGAAGUUUGCGAAUGCAACUCGUUGUCGAAAUUGUAACAAGGUACAUGCCCCCGAGCGGUGCCCGGCAUAUGGGAAAACUUGUUAUGCAUGCAAGAAACGAAAUCACUUCGCCGCAUGCUGCAACAAUGCUAGCAGGAUAAACGAGGUGCGCAAAUUGGAAGAAGGCGACGAAAACUUUGACAUCUUGGGCAUCAGCAUUUGCGGCGUCACCGGAGCCAUAGGAGCGGAUUGGGUGGUUCGCGGCAAAAUAGCCGGUCUGGAGAUACAAUUCAAAGUAGAUACCGGGUCUCAGGCAAAUUUGCUGCCCCUAUCCCUGUUCAACCGAAUUGCCAACGCAAGCACUCCGCGUAAGAGCGCGGCCGUCCUCACAGCAUACAACGGCAGCCCAAUCAAGCACGUUGGCGUGGCAACCGAAGAUCUCGAGAUAAGCGAAACGCAGCAUUCCGUCUCGUUCUUUAUCGUGAAAAAGGGGCGCCAAGCUAUCCUUGGCUUAAAGGCAUGCCAACAGUUUGGUCUGAUACCGGUGACUGCGGACGCUGUGAAUGUAGGCGAUACGCGAACGGAAUUCCAGCUUGCCUUUCCUGACCUCUUCAGAGGCACCGGCUGCGUCAAGCGACCCUACAAAAUGGUGCUACGAGAGGAUGCCGUUCCAGUCGUCCAACCUGCCCGCAGAGUACCCAUAGCAUUGAAAGGACGCCUGCGACAAGAACUCCAAAGAAUGGAAAAGGCCUCAAUCAUCGUCAAGGUGGAUGAACCAACCGAUUGGUUUGUACCUGGGAAGGACCUGUUACUCGCAGACAUGCUGUCCCGGGCCGCACUACCAACUGGCGGAAGUGACCAAGUCGAGGACGUGGACGUGCACACAACGCAAGUAGUCUCCAGCAUCAUAAGCAAAGCGACUAUGGUGCGACUACAAAAGAAUACCCUUGAAGAUCCGCUUCUCAGCCGCACUAUGAAACAAAUGGAAGAUGGCAUGGCAAUAGACGGCGUACUGAAGCCGUAUGCGGAAGAGCUAUCCGUGGUCAAUGGAGUGAUUCUCAAGGGUUGCAAAGUGGUUGUGCCCAAAUCAAUGCGUCCGGAAAUUCUUGAGCGUAUUCACGAAGGCCACUUGGGUAUGAACAAGUGUAAGGCUAGAGCUCGUAGAUUGGUUUUCUGGCCGGGAAUGAGCAGUGACAUUGAACAACGAGCGCGAACUUGUAGCGUAUGUCGAAAGUACGCCUACAGCCAACCGAGUGAACCCCUCCUGCUACAGCCAACGCCCGACCGACCGUGGCAUCGCGUAGGAAUAGACCUAUUUACAUUCGCUGGAGAUCACUACGUUGUUGUGUUUGAUGCCCAUUCUAACUUUCCAGAUGUCGAGAAACUGAGAGGUACCACGGCGGUGGAAGUAAUCGACAAGAUAUCUGCUAUCUUCUCUCGAUACGGCAUUCCCAGUCAAGUUUGCACCGACAACGGGCCUCAAUUUGCAUCGCGAGAGUUCGCGUUGUUCGUACACCGGUAUGACUUCGAGCAUAUCACGUCAAGUCCCGAGUUCCCACGGUCAAAUGGCUUAGCCGAAAAGGGUGUGCAGAUCGUGAAGCGUAUUCUAAAGAAAACCCACGAGUCCCGGGGUGAUGUAUGGCUCGGUCUGUUGGCGUAUCGAUCUUCUCCUCUUGACUGCGGUCAAUCACCCGGAGAACUACUGCAAGGUCGCCGCCUGCACGCAACACUUCCUGAAUACAAUGUCGACGGAGGGAUCCCCGUAUUGAAACAGCGUCAGUCUUCCCGAGGCAGGCCACUACCACCCUUGGAAGCCGGAAACGUGGUCCGGAUCAAACACAGAAACUGGUCACGCCGAGCGAAAGUGGUAAAAGAGACUGCACCACGAUCGUACGUGGUAAAAACGGAAGACCAUGGCCUCCUGAGACGCAACCGACAGCACUUGCUGCAAACGGACGAAAACUUCGACGGUGAGGUUAGCGACGUGGGUAACGGUAACCCGCACCCCGACGCGAGGCACCCUGACGCACCCCGACGCGAGACGGAGUGCAGUGAUAGACAUCGAGGCAACAUCACGCAGGGCAACACAUUAGGCAGUCACCAGGCAGAACCAGCUCAUCCAGGUGAGGACUCCAACGCCACUUCACCAGAGACUCCAGGAAGCCCCCUGGCUGGACUGCGCAGGUCGGGACGCCAGCGCAGCGAACCGAAGCGCCUUCACUACGGGCCAUCCUUCCAUCAAGUUAACGAGUGCAAAUCAAAUCAGUGUUUUGAAAAUGUGUGA